AUGACCGACAUGUUCGAAAAGAUGCCUACCCCUCGAGACGCCGAAAGAACUGUCGCUGCCAACCGAGACGCCGCGCGACCGCCUGCAGUGCCGUCGAUUCCCCUUCCUGCGGCAAGGAAGCCAAAGCCGAUGGGUGGCGAGGAAGCCGCAGGACCCACUACCGAGAAUCGCCAAAGCUAUGCUCACUACGCUAGCCACGUCAGUGAGGCUGAGGCUCGCCGUGAGCAGGCUGCGAAGAUGAAGGCGCACAUUGCGGAAGUAGCGAAGGGUGCCACGGGCGUUGAAAACGCCGAACAUCUUCGACUCAUUGCCGAUGGGCUUGCAAAGGUCAUGGACCCGAACAUGAGCGAUGACAGCGUGUUCCAGGGUGCCAUGUAUCCUCCGGGUGACUAUGCGCUGGACGCUGUCGCGAACCGGUUGGCCCAAGGGAGGCGUCGGGUCGAAUCGAACAGCAAUCUCAUCAGAGAGAUGGCAAGCGAUUGGUUUACGCCUGUGCUUGUCAACCGAGAUACUGGUGAGACUGUGUCGGCUAUUGACGCACGAUGGACCCCUGAAUAUGGGAACAGGGGGGAGCUUGAGGCUAAGGUUGGUGCGAUCAUUUCCAACCUGGAUGCCGUGAUUGCAAGCAUGUCUACGCUCCCUGUCUUCCAUCCGCACAUUCCGUCAACGUAUGGUAUGGCCCGAUCGCUUCUCAACACAUACCAAUCGUUGCAGAUUGCCAUCCGACACCGAGGCAUGGGUGCGAUGUCCUUCGAACAGAUGGUGUUCAAACCAGAGGAUCUUGAGGUUCCGACUCCCGAUGAUUGGCCGGACCUAAUCGCACCUACCCCUGGAAAAGUCAUUCAGUCGAUGCGGGUGGCCUUGGUGAACAACAUCGGGGCGAGGCUGACGAGAGAAGACCUCAAGCUGCCACCGGGGUUCGCCAUGCAGCGACGGGUGACAGCAUUCCGCAAGCCAGAUGAGGAUCCAGUGCAGAGCCUGAUGGGGCUCACCAACGAUAUGAGUUACGGAUCCACCAGCCGAACUGGGGAUGAUAGGCUAUCCCAGAUCCAGCGCAGUAUUGCAGUGCAACUGCAGAACACUGCGGGUUUCAUUGCGAGUGAGUUCCGAAAGCAUGCGCAGUCUAUCGCUGCCUCCUCCUCACGUCGCAGUGAUGCCUCAGGCGCCCUGAGUAGUCAGGGUGAUGGCGCAGCGGACAACGAUUUCCCGUCCACUGAGCCUGCUGGCGGUGCGUCAGAGCGUACAAAGACGCCGCCUCCGCCGCCUGAGAAUCCUCCUCCUCCGCCGCAAGCAAACGCACCUCCGAGGGCGUCCGAAGAGAGUGCAAAGGAGGAUGAUGACGACGACGAAAUGGAGGAUGACACGGCCGAUCAGAAGCCAGAGCAGAAACCCGAGGAGGACGCCGACAUGGGUGGCGGAAAGGAGCUGCAAGACGAGGUCCCCGGAGCCGUGCUCUCCGGCGCUCGAGGGCCGGAUGUCGAUAUCGACCCGGCCAGUACCGCAGCCGAUCAGGCAGCAAAUGAUCCGAGAAACUGCCGGAUCGAGGGCCCUGGUAUCAAGGCGACAACGAUUCAUCGCCCUGACCAGAUGCCUGAAAGGGGUAUUGACUCCAUUGCGCCGAUCGUGCAAUACGAAAUGACGUCCGUCCCGAUUGCACUACCGGACUUCGUCGUUCCGGGACUUGACAUGGGCAUCGAUGACUCCGUCCAUGGACGACUGGUCUCCGCGACCUGUCUACCACCGACUGACGAGCAGCGCAAGUUUUCGAGGCGCCGUUUCGCCAUGAUUUCUUCGAGUCAGACGGGGUACUUGAACGAGGCACUUCACAAGAAGCCCGAGAAGGGGGAUCACGAUUCCUUCCUCCGACGGGAGUCUUAUGAGGAUUGCCGCGAGAUUCACAGCGCUGUUCUGGCAUACAAUGCCAAGGAGGCAAAGUACCGAUCCAUUGGCGGAACGUCUGUGUCAUGCAGCCGAUUGCUUAUCGAUGACGCACAGAACAUCCCUCCAGCAACGAUUCCGGACGCGGGGAUGAUCAACCUGGUGCGAAAGCUGCUGUUCCGAGUGCUGACGCAGACGAAGGAAUAUCCCACCGCCACUGGCGAUCGGUCACAGAACCGUCCCCAGGAUCAAGAGAGGGGCGUUCCCUUGUACUCAUACUUCGAUCAAAGUGGGAUCAUCGCGUUCGGUAUCAUUCCGAUGUACAUGGAGCGCGAGAGAGAGUACAUGAAGGCCAGCGCCGGGGAGACUAGUGGUCGAAUUCUUCUCCAGACAAACAUCCUGGAUGAGAAUGAUGAGCCAACCGAGCUCACUCUCCGAUGCAUUAUGGAGCUUGCCCGGACGGACAACAACCGAAUGUUUGAGUUCUUCUACUCGACGAUCAACGGAGAUGGAAGUCCUCAGUUUGUUGGCAUCCGAGCAACCUACGGUUUCGGUCCAGAUAGCUUCAACCGAUUCCGAUUGCUGACAAAGUGCCAGCACGGGCCGUUCAUUCAGCUCGCCCAGGAUCAGUAUAUCGCCGGCGAGAGGAGGAGGAACGUGGCCCGACAUCACCCUCAGUAUGGAUGGGGAUGCGCAACGAUUCGCGAGUUCUUCGGGUUCAUGAGUGAUUGCAAGAUCAAUCCCCCGAGGGGACAGCUAUUCCUCACCCUGCUCCCAUACGCUCCCGGAUCUGGGAUGAACAACGAGUGGGAAGAGGUGUAUAUGAACGUCCGAACGAACCCGAAACGUGAGACGCUAUCGAAUACCGCGUCCUCGCAGUCCAUGCUCCCUGAAGGAUUGGGAUCCAACCGCAUGAUCGUAUUUGCAAUUGAUUUGCACAUGAUCGCAGCGGGUAUCAAUCCGAUUACCUUCCAUCCGAGAGGAUACUACGCGAUCAAAGACAGUAUCCCUCUUGCAUGUAUGCCGAUCACAUACUUCAUGGACACGGGAACUCUGGUGUUCAACACGGCUUUCAAGUACAUCGGAGGUCCGAAGUUUGGUACUGGCCCCGAGCGAGGAAACCACAGACGAGAGUCGUGGCCGCUCGCUAGCUUCGACUGUCCCAUGUGCGGAGCCUCAUUCCCGGUUGGUCUACACAUGUGCCACUCCUGCACUAAGCCGAUUCACUAUCCUGAUGGGAUGUUUUACGCCGAUCCUGUAAACCCAUUUCAGGUUGAGUAUUACGGAUCUCAUGCUGAUUGGCUCAACGAUCUUAUCGAGCGAAACAAGCUUACGGAAUUCCAACUCCACGAGUAUCCUGCGAUCAAGCACUUGAGGAACUUUCCGGUGUCUAGGUCUCUCUCCGAGGACCACAGGCAGACUGCGUUCUUCGGGGUGCCACCGAUUAAGUGCGUUGCAGUUGAUACAUCGCCGGGUGAGGUGGAACUGUUCAAGAAGAGUGUGCGCGGCACGAUUCAAGGCGCCAUGCGCUUGGACAUCUCUAUUGAGAGGCUUGUUGCCGGGAUCACUGGCAAGGAGGCUCGAAUGGGCGUGGAGGAGUUCUUCUCUUCGCAAUCGAUCGCCUGUGCAGUUACGAUUGUCAAGCACUAUGGAGCGGUAUUCGCCACAUGUCGCGAGAAGCCGCUGUGCUACUAUGCACGAUGGCCGAUCCAUUGCCAACGCGCUUACCGAGUCUGCCUGUCGCGCGGAUACCUCUCCCCGUUUUACACAGGGGGGACGCUCGAGUACUGUGUCGAUACAAACAUGCUCGAGAAGAUCCGACUGGCGCAUCUGCCCCUGCAGAAUGCCAAUUUGACAAUGAGAAGGCGAAUUCGACUCUCCACCGAGUUUGACACAUUGGAUGAGUUCCGUGCCACUAUCACGGAUACGAAAAAGUAUCAACGAUACAUGCGGGUCGAUAGUGAGAGUCUUUCCACGCUCCUGGCCAAGGUUACCCUCACCACAUGCUACGGCAUUCCGAUAAAGGGAGAGCCUGGAUACAUCUCCGACGAUGAAGAAGAAGAGAUCGAGGGAGCUGCCGCGGCCAAUGAGGCGUCCAAAGGGAAAGGCAAAGGGAAAGAAAAAUCCAGCGUCCCAGUCAUCAACUGGCGUGAGCUGGACCCUUUGGGACGGAAGCUCAUCCCGCAUCACUCUGAUCCCCGAUUUGCGAUCAUUGAAGAAGGGAAUACUGCGCUUCUUGACGCUUCCGAUACGCCCGAUGAAACGCGUAAGGCGUUCAAGGACUUUGUUCGCGAUCACGGCUUCAAGACGAAGGAAUUCUUCGAUGAUGACCGUGAAACCGAGAAGAGAUUCUUCAACCUUGUCGAGGGAGUGAAGGAUCAGCUUCCCGAUGCCAAGAAGACUGAUCCGAUCCUGAUGAAAAGGGAUGAUGAUGUAUUCGAAGCUCUUCCCGAUGAACUAGAGGAGCCUCGCGGGCUAUUCGAUGUUGCAGCUCGUCAAGGACGCCGGCGUGACGAGACGCCUCAGCCCAGAGUGCGAACCACCGCACAAAGGGAGGCUCCGAUUCCCGAGGCUCACACUGUCCCUGUUCCUACCGAGGACGAGGAUGAGGAUGACAGUGAGCUGGAACGAGCGAUCCGCUCAGGCCCAACCUCGGGGCAUACUGGGAGAGAGCAUCUCGGUGGAGUCGCUCCUGAAGCGGUACCACCGCCGCCUCGCGAGAUGCCGCCGCCGUCGAAUCCACCGAGUCGGAAGACGUCGCGGCAAUCGGGUUACAAUGUUCCUCAUGCGGAAGGGGAGACACUCAUGGUCUCAGGAAGGGCAUCCUAUUCCGAUCAAAUGGGGCUGCCCUUGGUGCUGCGAAUGAAAACAAGGGUUCCGGAGCCUGAUCUGGACAACCCGACGAUUGAGGAAAUCAUUCGCAUGUAUCAUGCACCGAACACGCUGCCUGUUGUCAGGAAGAAGUCGCCAAUGUCAUCAUUUCGAUGA